AUUUCUACCACCUCUACCUAGGCUUUUACGUCAAAAUACAAAAGCGGAAGAUGGCGGAAAAGGCGGCAGCAACCACACUAACUAGGUGGCGCAAGCCACUGUCUAAUUCAAGAAACGCAGCUUAUUUCUUGUCUUUCUUGCUUAUUUUUGUGUAUGCUGAUCAGUGGCGCCCUCUUUUUUUACCUCUCUCCAGACGUUCGGGGCACACCGUAGACAUGGCGACCUCGCGGCUUCUCAAGGGUACGGCGAUUCUGCUGCAAAAUGCUACAAGAAAAACAUACUCCCGCCGUCUGCAUCAGCUGGCGACGACGACAUUCAGCCAGACGCUGCUGAAUGUGCCGGAGACGCGGGUGACUACGCUGGACAACGGGGUGCGGGUGGCCACCGAGGACUCCGGCAACCCGACGUGCACCGUGGGCGUCUGGAUCGACGCCGGGAGCCGCUAUGAGAACGAGAAGAACAACGGUGUGGCACACUUCCUGGAGCACAUGGCCUUCAAGGGCACCUCCAAGCGGUCCCAGACGGACCUCGAGCUGGAGGUGGAGAACAUGGGAGCCCACCUGAACGCCUACACGUCCCGGGAGCAGACCGUCUACUACGCAAAGUGCCUGUCCAAGGACAUGCCCAGGGCCGUGGAGAUCCUGUCAGACAUCCUGCAGAACAGCAAGUUUGGGGAGGCGGAGAUUGAGCGGGAGCGUGGGGUGAUCCUGCGGGAGAUGCAGGAGGUGGAGACGAACCUGCAGGAGGUGGUGUUCGACCACCUGCACUCGGUGGCCUUCCAGGGCACCCCUCUGGGACUCACCAUCCUGGGACCCACCGAGAACAUCAAGAGCAUCCAGAGGCAGGACCUUGUGGACUACAUCUCGCUGCACUACAAGGGACCACGCAUUGUCCUGGCUGGAGCCGGAGGUGUGAACCACGACGAACUGGUGAAGCUGGCCAGCCAGCACUUUGGCUCCAUCAAGACCGACUACGACGCCAAGGUUCCUCCUCUGGACCUGCCAUGCCGCUUCACCGGGAGUGAGGUGCGUGUUCGUGACGACGACAUGCCGUACGCCCACGUGGCCAUUGCAGUGGAGAGCUGCGGGUGGGCUGACCCCGACAACAUCCCCCUCAUGGUCGCCAACACCCUGAUUGGCAACUGGGACCGCUCUCACGGAGGCGGUGCCAACGUGUCGAGCCGCCUCGCCGAGGAGUGCGUCAAGGACCCGGACAAUGCCUGCCACAGCUUCCAGUCCUUCAACACCUGCUACAAGGACACCGGACUCUGGGGCAUCUACUUCGUGUCGGAAGGGAGAGAGGAGAUGGACUUCUUGGUGCACGCCAUUCAGAGAGAAUGGAUGCGCAUCUGCAUGAGCGCCACGGAGGGGGAGGUGACCCGGGCCAAGAACCUCCUCAAGACCAACAUGCUGCUCCAGCUGGACGGAACCACGCCUGUGUGCGAGGACAUUGGACGGCAAAUGCUCUGCUAUGGCAGACGCAUUCCCCUUCCGGAGCUCGAGGCCAGAAUCGACGCUGUGACCGCCCAGACAGUGAGAGACGUCUGCACCAAGUACAUCUACGACCGGUGCCCCGCUGUUGCCGGAGUCGGACCGGUGGAGGCCCUCACAGACUAUGCCAACGUCCGCAGCAACAUGUAUCGUCUCCGAUUCUAGGGGGGCCAGAAUUCUCUCAAAAAGAAAAAGAAAAUUGAAUCCUGUAUAGUAGAUGGUUGCUUUCUGUUAAAUAAAGGUGCCCUUGACAUGU